CAGUAUAAUUUCGCAAUUCUUUUUUGGUUUUUUAUUUUUUUUUGGUGUUUUACUGUAAAGAUCUCUCUCUGUCUCUAUAUAUAGAGAGUGGUGUAUGUAGCGCAAGAAUUAGAGAGAGAAAGAGAGAGAGAGAGUGAGAGGAGAGAGAGAGAGGCUGUUCCUUUUCUCCAGCUUUAAUGGCGUGAGACUGUACCAGAGUGUGUGAGUGUGUGUGUGUGUGUGGGUGUAUGAUAUAUACUAUACAGUACAUGUGUAUGUAAACCAUAUAUGCAAUCCAUUCAUCUUUGCAUGCUUCACCAACUCUUUUUCCAAAAACACAAAAAAAAGAAAAAGGGAAACCCAAAACCCAAAUGAGCUAAAAGAAGGAAAGAAAAAAAAGAAAGGAAAUCAAUUUUAAUUUUUUUCAGUUUCUGUUGAGCGAAAACAAAAUGGAAUUGCUUUUGAAAUUUCACCGUCCUGAGACCCCACUUUUCCGUAUUUAUGAUUAGGACUUUUGGUGUUCUGAGAGCAACCCAGAUGCUAAAAAUCGGUAUUCUCUCUCAUGGGUUCUCGCUGCUUUGAUCGUUUCUUCGAUGUGGGUAUUUUGAUUAUUGCAUUGUUUCUAUUGGCUCUGUUGUGAAAAUCUUGUGUUGUAUUUUGUUUUUUUGUUUUUUUUCCCCCUUGGAUUUUGCUGGUUCUGUGAGGUGUUGUUUUUGUUUGUGUGUUUUGAUGUUUGAGGGAGUGAAGAUUGAGAAGAAGAGUGUAGAAACAAUGAAGGAUGAUGAUGAGCUGGAAAUGUUACUGGGUGAGAUCCCUCAUGCAACAUCAUCAUUGAAUCUUCAUCCCGCACUUGGCGAUGCCCAUCAUCAUCAACACAAUAAUCUUGUUGAUCAUGGUUAUGGUCAUGCAUCAUGUGUGACUCAGAAAAUGAAUGUUCAUGGGCAUGGUCAGAGUCAGAGUCAUGUGAAUGGUAUGUAUGGUGAUGAACUUCUGAAGCAUAAGUAUGCAUGUGCAUCUUCCCCUGUGAGUGGGUUUUCUUUGCAAUCUGAUGGCUCUUCCUCAAGUUUGUUCUCCGGUGGUGGGCGUUCACUGUCUGACAUUGGAUCGCCAUCCCCACCGCAAUUUGAAGAGCUCAAAACCCAUUUGAUUUCUGGGAAUGGAUUCUGGUUGGAUUCCAACAAGGAAAAUGGGGGGAGCAAUGUGUUUGAUGAUUUUAAUUUGCCUAGGAAUUUUAGUAAAAUGUACAUUAGUGAUGAGCGAGAGGGCGUCCCCAUAUUCCUGAACGGUGUCCAACCUUGUGAUCGAUCCCCGAAUGGGGCUAUGCGGGUGAAUUUUGAGAAAUACGGAACGUCUGAUAACUAUAGGAAGUAUUUUCCGGAUUAUGGGGGAUUUAAUCUCUCUGUUCCUAGAGGACCUAUGAAUUUUGAGGGGGAGGUUGGUUCUGAACUGGUGGAAAUGCAGCAUGAUCCAAGAAUUGUUAGUUUGUCAAGAUCACGGUCUUCUCCUGGUCGGUUUGAUGGAUUGUUAUCUCGGUCAGAUUUUGGCAACUCCGGAUUGAGUCCUCAAUUUUGUAGAGGUAAUCUGUUGGCCAACAACAAUUUUCCAAUGGGAUUUGCAUUAUCGGAUGUAUCCUCCACUUUGAGGCCUUCACUUGGUGACUCUUUCUUCUAUGCUUCACGAAACGGAAUGAAUCUGAUUGAAGCUAGGGAUGCUUGUUAUCCGCCUAAUGUGGUUCAGCUGGCGCACUUGAUCCCACCUUAUAAUGAAGAAGAUUUACUUCAUUACCGGCCGCCAUUGCUUAACGGAAGAAACAAUCUCCAUGUUAGAGUGCCUCAAGGGAGUGUUGAAGCCUUUGCCAGAGAGGAUAGUUUGAUCAUUCAGGGGGAAGGUAUAAAUUAUGGGAUGAACAGGGAACAAGCUCGUUCAAGAGGCCAGAAUACUACAAAGGGUCUUCAUCAUGAUAGUGUUGCUGGCAAGCCUCAAGAAAAGAGGUCGCAGCUUGAUAGCUGUCUACAUGUUGCUGCAGUGCAAGACGGUUCCCGGAGUCCUAAGAUGUUUUUUCCUUUCUCCUUGCCAUCAAAGUGUAGCUCCCUCGCAGAAGCUCAAGGAUACAUAUAUCACAUUGCAAAGGAUCAGCAUGGUUGCAGAUUCUUGCAAAGGAUGUUUGAUGAAGGAACUUCUCAGGACGUGCAGAUAAUAUUCAAUGAGAUAAUCGAUCAUGUAGUUGAGCUUAUGAUGAAUCCAUUUGGAAAUUAUCUCAUGCAAAAAUUGUUGGAAGUGUGCAAUGAAGAGCAGAGAAUGCACAUAAUGCUGAGGGUGACACAGGAGCCAGGGGAGCUUGUUAGGAUCUCCCUAAAUACACAUGGAACUCGGGUGGUGCAGAAGUUGAUUGAGACGCUUAAAAUAAGGCAGCAGAUAUCGCUAGUUAUUUCAGCCCUUGAACCUGGAUUUCUUGCCCUCAUCAAAGACUUGAAUGGUAAUCAUGUUGUUCAAAGGUGCUUGCAAUGCUUUACUACCGAAGAUAGUAAGUUCAUUUUUGUUGCUGCUGCAAAGUACUGUGUUGAUAUUGCAACGCAUCAGCAUGGAUGCUGUGUUCUUCAACGAUGCAUCACCCACUCCACUGGAGAGCUUCGGGAAAAUUUGGUUGCGGAAAUUUCAGCAAACGGACUUCUGCUUGCUCAAGAUGCAUAUGGAAAUUAUGUCGUUCAGUUUAUUUUGGAUCUUAAGAUCCCAUCUGCAACAGCCAAAUUGACAUCGCAGUUUGAGGGUAAUUACGUGCAUCUCUCUACACAAAAGUUUAGCAGCCACGUCGUCGAAAAGUGUCUUGUGGUGUGUGACGACGAAGCCCGGUCAAAGAUCAUCAACGAAUUGCUCUCCGCCACUUACUUCGAGCAGUUGCUUCAGGACCCGCAUGCAAAUUAUGUUGUUCAAACAGCUCUCCGUGUUUCAGAGGGUCCUCUCCAUAACGCCUUAGUUAAUGCAAUUGAAUCAUACAAGGCGAUCUCACGCAACAGUCCCUAUUCCAAGAGGAUUUUCUCGCACAAGCUUUUGAAGAGGUGAUGUACAAUCUUGAUUCGGGUAAGCAAUUUGUUGUUGUUCUCAGCUGACUCCUCCGUUCCCCCUCGACUCUAUGUACCGAAAACCUGUUUCCCCGUCCGUUGAUGCUUUUGCCAGUGAGCCGAUCUUUUGUCAAUUUUGCUCGUAAAAACAUUUUGUUACACCGGCUAUUUACUUCCCAUGAAGAGUGUAAAGAAAAGCAACUGUGCUUCUACUCGCUUUGAAGCACAGCACUGCACUUGUAGUAUUGCUUUUGUUGUCAAUGUACCUUGAUAACCUUUUUACAUCGUUGC